AUGUUGCGUACCCAACAAAAACGCGAAUCGUUACCAGAGGACCAUAUUCUUUUUUUGACAUACCUUGACAAGUCAUAUGAACAAGGAACACCUACAAGUAUUCGACCAUUCACACUAGUGAGCUGGGUAAAAGCUCAUAUGGUAAAGGAAAGUGUUAGUGAGUCUUUCUUACCCCAUUCGUUGAGGUCGGCAGCCAGCACAAAAGCCGUUUUUCUCGGAAACUCGUCAAACAAAGUUAAAACUCAUGUCGGUUGGAGCUUGACAUCCAACAGUUUCGAGGAUUAUUAUUACAAACCUACAAGGCACCAUCAUGCCAGCACUCAUAUACAGAAUUCAAUUUUUCUACUACGGAGAACAGUGCCACUUUGUAAUCCGAAGUGGAAGCAACAAUGUAGCGUAUCAGUACAAUUCAUUGAAAAGAAAAGUGCUACUGCUGCAAAUUUUCAUAAAAUCACAGAAUUUCAAAAGAUUUCAUAA